AUGGCAUCUCAAAAUGAAGAGAAUCUACCAGCUUUAUCUUCUAAUGCUAUUUCCUUAGACGAUGAGAGUCAAAGGCCUUUACAACAAGAUGAAGUUGAACUGGGGAAAAGAAGAUAUUCCCGAGCAUGGAAGUAUUUCAAGCCGGUGAAGGUUAAUGGUGUUUCAUAUGGUCUUUGUAAGUAUUGCGAUCGCCGAUAUAAAAAUGCCAGGAAUUGUGGGACAAAAUAUAUGUUAGAUCACAUACCUAAGUGUCCUAACAGGCCAAGAGAUGUACAAAAUGAGGGUGAUACCGGGGGUAGUUAUUUUGAUCAAGAUGUUUCACGUAAACAACUUGCACAUGCCAUUAUUUUACACGAGUAUCCACUCUCUAUAGUUGAUCAUGUGGGAUUUAGAAACUUUGUUGCGAGUCUCCAACCUAUGUUUAAGAUGGUUUCUAGAAAUACAAUCAAGAAUGACAUAAUGAAAUUUUUUGACAAUUUGAAAUCGCAAACUUCUAAGUUGUUGGAGAAAGUCACGAGUAGAAUUGCAAUAACAACCGAUAUGUGGACUUCCAAUAGUAACAAAAAAGGGUUCAUGGCUAUUACUGGUCAUUUCAUUGAUGAUUCAUGGAGGCUUCAAAGUCAUAUUCUGAGAUUUGCUUAUGUCCCUGCUCCACAUGAUAAAGAUGCUUUGUGUGGUGCUUUGGUUAAUUGUUUGUUUGAUUGGAAUCUUGAACGAAAAAUAUCAACUAUCACAGUUGAUAAUUCUAGCACAAACAAUGCUAUGAUUAAAACUUUAUUGGAUGAGAAACUUAAUAAAAAAGAUUUGUUGUUGACUGGUCGAGUAUUUCAU